CGGGGUGAGCCAGCAGCCAGGCUGGAAAUCUCCUUGGCGCACCUGCUCAUUAACCUCGGCAUAAUUAACGUGUAGCAACACGGGCUGUUUAUUGCACAGAGUGCCGGCCUGGGGCUCCCGAGCAGUGGAAGCACAGCUCCAGGUUGGUGCAGAGACCAUGGGAUAUCAUCAAAAUCCCCUUCUGGGACAAAAUGAGCUGAUGGGGUCUCAUCCACGCCCCAGGGGACUCUGAGCACUGGAUCUGGGAAUGGGCCCUCCCCUGGGCUCUCCAAGUGGGACUCACGACAUGUUGCUGUUUCUCAAGGGGGAAGAACAAGGUGACAGUUCAGCUGCUGCUCCUGAGAUACUGCUUCAAGGUGAGCAAGAGCCCAUCCUUCGAAGUCCUCCCCACGAUGCCGCCGCUGCUGCUGCUGCUGCUGCAGAUCUCCUCCAGCUGCCUUUGGCUGGGACACGGCGAGGUGGUGACGUCUUUUGAAAGCUCAUGCCCGCAGUUUUUCUUCCGGGAAACCCCCCCGAAUGACGCCCUGGAGCCAGAGAACCCAGCCUGGAUCUGCCAGCGCUACAAGAACCAGUAUUACUUUGCCACCCUGUACGACAGGAGCAGGCGUAUUCCCGUGUACUCUGCUUACUUGUACCAGCCUGGGCCUGGCACAAGACCUAAAACAUGGCUGGUUGAGCCCCAGCUGAUGGGCUUAAGUUAUCCCAAAACGAUGGAAAAAGAAUGGACCCUCUUGAAUUAUUUCAACGUCACUUUAGAGCAGCUUGGCAAGAGCCAGGCUGUCCUCCAGGACUACAAGAACCUGACAGGUUUGAACCGGGGUCACUUGAACCCCAGUGGCCACCACCCCGACUCCAUCAGCAGGACAGCUACCUUCAGCCUCACCAACAUAAUCCCCCAGGACGAGAAACUCAACGGCGGUGCCUGGAACAACUAUGAGCAGCAAACCAUGAUGAGGAGGACGCAGGUCUGCAAUGCCACCUACGUCGUGGUGGGCGCCGUGCCUGGGAACAACUACAUCGCCAAGGGUAGGGUCAACAAACCCAGCCACAUCUGGUCGAGCGCCUGCUGCGAGGUGGACAACAACCACAGAAAGUCUUGGGCAGUCAUUGCUGAGAAUGACAAGAACGAGGUCCAUCUCCUCACGCUGGGGGAGCUGGAGGAGGUGUUGACCGAGCUCUAUGGGAGGGAGCAGGUUUUUCUCUUUGACAGCGACUGUCCCCGGGAAUGAGCCUCCUUGCACCUCCUGGGUGUAAAAGGGAGCCACUAGCAGCACCGUGUGCACUGUGUGCCAUUCAUCCUUCCUUCUCUAGCUCUGUUUAUUGGAGCAUCUUCUCUCAAAAAAAAAAAAGGAAGGAAGAGGCCAGCAGAGCCCCCACCUGGUUUGCUUUCCUACUCUGCUGCCCACCCUUGCAAUGAAUCUUCAUGGAAGGGUCCCUGGAAGCUCUGGAGGGGCAAUCUGAAUAAAAGCCCAUGGGCAAGGAAAUUGGAGCUUGUCACUAAGACUAGAGAGGGUAUUUUAUUUUGUUUUUCCCUUUUUCUACAUGCCCAUAUACAGACUGUAUUUCCUUCCCCUCUUCAUUUGGUAUGAUUGAUAGCAUGCCGCUGUCUUCUCCCUUGCCUUCUUGGGAAAGGACAUGUGUUCCAGAGACCUCAUCGCUCUCUAUAGGUACCUUAAAGGAGGCUGUAGAGAGGUGGGGGUUGGUCUAUUCUCCCACAUGCCUGGUGACAGGACGAGGGGGAAUGGGCUAAAGUUGCUCCAGGGGAGGUUUAGGUUGGAUAUUAGGAAGAACUUCUUUACUGAAAGGGUUGUUAGGCAUUGGAAUGGACUGCCCAGGGAAGUGGUUGAGUCGCCAUCCCUGGAGGUCUUUAAAAGACGUUUAGAUGUAGCCCUUAGUGAUAUGGUUUACUGGAGGUCUUGUUAGUGUUAGGAUAGAGGUUGGACUAGAUGAUCUUGGAGGUCUCUUCCAACCUAGACGAUUCUGUGAUUCUGUGAUUCUGUGAUUCUGUGAUUAUCCUACUGACACAGCCAAGGACAACAGAAAUGGACAGAGGAAGAGAGGAAGGUGGAAAGAAGGAAGGUGAAAAGGAAGAAGGCAACUUAGCAUAGGAGGAGCAUCCCAGCUCUCUUGAGGUCUGCAAUGAGGUAAAACAAGGAGAAGGAAGGAAAUAACCUACAACGAAUCACUAGGCUCCCUAACCCUGAGCUUACAUGAAGGACAUGCUUAUGUAAAUUUACUAGCAGAUUUUUUGUUUGCUUGCUUUUGGACCCUGUAUCUUGAGAACAAGUGCUGAGGUAACAGGCAACCAGGCUCAAGGAGCAAAUAUACAGCAGACUUUGACCAAUCAAAGAUAAAUUUCGGCAAUACGCUGGUGGGAUAACUUCAUUUUCUGCUCCACUUCUGAACCUUUUCCACAGAUUUAUAUGUAAUUGAUUUUUUUUUUCCAUUGUAAGAUCUAUUCAUUGGUAUAAAAAUUCAAUAUAUGGCAUACAAUUUAGCUUCUGAGUAGUUCACAAUAUGAAUUAUUUGUUCCAGUGCUGGAUCUUAGGGUCACCUUAUAUGUAAACCAGAAGUUACUUCCCACUGAAAUUUCCACUCCUGGUAAUGCCCUGGUGCAUAAGGCUUCCUUGCCAAAGGCAGGCUGUCCACAUCCGAUCUGAAGAUGCCAUAACACUUAUGGAAGUGUUACCAUCAGAGUCCUGCUACUUUUCCCAUAAACUUGCACACAUGAGGUGGACCAUGGUGUCAUCACGGUGGAUCAUUCUCCAUGUGUGCAGGGCCUCAGAGCUCUGGUUGCAGAGAUCAGCUCAGCUGCAUAAAUAGAGGCAUCCUGGGCCAGCUGAGAUGCCUUGAGGUAUACAGUGGGGCUGGCUGAUCUGCUGCAGGGUCCUGGGGACACCUGCACCCACCCGGGCCAGCAGUCAGGAUGGAUGUGGGUCCUCAAGAGCGUCUCCAGAGACUCUGAACACCUGAGUGCAGGCAAUCAGGUCUGGCCCCAGACCUCUGCGCAGUGCCAAGUAGCAUCAUGGACAUCUGCUUCUGUCAUCUCUGGCUGCCUUACCAAGAGCAGCAAUAAUAAUAACUCAACUUACAAUAACUUAAGCAGCAAUAAUAACGCACUUUUUGCCAGCUGUGUUGCUCAGUGAGGUAGGAGAGUAUUUGUGGAGGACAAAGUCAGGAGGAAAGUCAGGGGCCACACUCGUAUUUUCCCCUUUCCUGAUAGUCCCGUGUGGUCCCAGGUCCCCUGCCCGAAUAUUUCAGAUCAUUAGAAACCACUGAUGGGGUGAAACUGCUGCUGCUAUUUCAGGCUGAGGGAGCCCAGCAGCCUCCUCUGUGGUUACUCAUGGGCCUCCUCUGACUCUUUCAACCCACCUCCUCGUGCCUGAAAACCGCACUCAUCCUCACCGCUCCAGCCACCCCCGCUUUCCAGGCCCUGCUGGAAUCCCCCUGGCUCCCCAUGGCCUGGCCACCCCCUGACUCACACCUCCACCAGCUCCCUGGCUCUCCCCAGGACUGUUUCCCCCGACAGUACCCAGAAAUGCCCUCCCCUCCCCUGCGAGCACAUGAAAUGCAUGGGAAGCCAAAGUAAAUGAAUCAGCUUGGAGGCUGUCUUCCAGCAGAUAUCAGGGGCGAGCUGAGCAGAGGGCUGCCCCAGCCCCAAGGUCCCCAGCUCCUGGACCAGCCUCUGGGCAGCUUUCUUCUGGGGUUUCCUCUGGUUUCUGCUGAUCCUGAAUAUGAAUGGGGCACAGGGACAGAGCCCAAAGCUGCUCCGUGAGCCGUGCGUGUGCCUGCUGGGAAGAUGCAGCCCCCCUGAGCUGGGAAGGUAACGUCACAGCUUGCUCUGCUCUGUGUCCAUCUGUCUGUGGGGGGAGAUCUGGGUGCCAGCGGGACUUUGGAUAUGAAGGAAGAAGUGGUUAUUAGUGGGGGCUGUAGGGGGAUGCUUUAAGCUCAGAGCUAAGCUCAGAUGCUGGUUGCAUCACCUGCUGGGGCAUCUGAAGGGGCACACAGCUGUGCAAGCAGCUUCACCCAGAGGUCCUGCCACUGCCUCUAGGUGUUACCCAUCCCAUAAAACAAGCAAACGAAUGAACAAAAAAGCCUAGCAUUUAAUUUCUUGUUCAGCCUGGAAACACACCCAUCACAUUGCAUGUCUCUGAGAAACCCCUCUGGCCAAUGGAGGACCAAGUGUCCUUCCCAGGCCACCUCUCCAUGUAUGUGCAGUGGCCAACCAAGCACAAGACAGGCUGGCAGCAGGACUAAGGUGCAGAAGCAACUUCCCUUCAAAUUCCCGGCGUCACUUACUAUUUCUGGCAUUGCCACGGGCUUCCUGUGCGGUCUAGACCGAGGCAUUACACUGUGCAGCAAUGGCUGGGUUGCAAACACCCCCGUACGGUGUGGGUGGAGGAAGGAGAGCAGACAGCAGCACGGUGAGCAGGCUGUUUUGUCCUGCCUGCAGCAGAAAAAGGGUGAAUUAGCAGGUGAGGAGCUCAGAGGUGGGGCAUCUCAGCUGCUUCUGUUGCCUACACCCUCAUGCCACAAGGUGGCUGGGCUCUCAUGACAGCAGGCACAACCCGUGCCUUGCUCCCUCCCACAUUAAAUAAGGUUAAUGAUGCUUUUGUUCCUCGUGAAGAUCUGAGGGGUUCCAGGCUGCAGGUGCUGCUCUCCUGGCGGUUCAGGAGAUCUGUGGGCACAGGAGACAGUUCUGCCCCUACACAAACCUGGCUAGAGCUGAGCCUUGUCCCCAUCCAGGAACCAUUCAAAAGGGUCCUGCUAAGUUUUUAGCACACUGAGGACUGGUGGAAGAUGUUUUCUCCCCACCUUUGGGAAGAGGCAACCAGGAGGUACCAAGGCAAGACAGGAGAGGUCUUCCCAUGGCACCUGGGGUCUCUGAGCAUCUCCAGUCCUAGGCCCCUAUUGUUGAACAUCUAAAAGAAAAAAAAAAGGAUAGUGGAUCUUUGCAUUUUUAUAGCAUCUUCUGUCUGAUCUUUGGUAGCUUUACUCGAAUCAAAGGGCUAAAGCAUGGCUGGCAACUCCUAGAGCAAAACCCAGUGUUGGAUAAAGAGUGUCCUGAGUAUAAGGACUAAAGGCUUGAGACAGCUAAGUCUGAUGAAAGCUUAUAAAAGAGGAGUGGCACAAAGAAAAUGUCUGGGUCCUUGGAUAUGUUUUCAUAGAGGUAGCACAAGUGUAGAUCAGGAAAACAUCUGAGAGAUUAGCCAUAAACUGGACUUGGAGGAAACCUUCAGCAGGAAGGAAAAUUGAGAAGAAAUUAUCAUUUUUUAACUGGUGAAAAAAGAGAAGAGGAAAAAAAAGCUGAAAGGCUUUGUGCUGUGUCUGUAUGAUUCUGCACAACACUCAGGAUAUUUGCUGAAAAUGAUUUUUUUAGCAUGUCAUGAUGAUAUCUGUGAGAGCAAUAUAUUCAGGUCUCCUACUAUGAAGUAAAGUUUGCUUUCUAAGUAUCACAUGGGCAAGUAAAGUAUUUAUAAUGUAAAUUU